AUGGCCAGCACAGUUGGACAGACUAUCACUUGCAAGGCUGCUAUUGCCUGGGGUGCUGCUGAGCCCCUGUCAAUUGAGGAUGUCGAGGUUGCCCCUCCCAAGGCGCAUGAGGUGCGCAUUCAGAUUCACCACACUGGUGUCUGCCACACAGAUGCCUACACUCUCUCGGGUAAGGAUCCGGAGGGCGCAUUCCCGAUCGUCCUGGGACAUGAGGGUGCCGGUGUCGUUGAAUCGGUCGGUGAGGGUGUGACCUCGGUCAAGCCUGGCGACUAUGUUGUCGCUCUCUACACCCCCGAAUGCCGUGAAUGUAAAUUCUGCAAGUCUGGCAAGACCAACCUCUGUGGCAAGAUCCGUGCCACCCAGGGUAAGGGUGUGAUGCCCGACGGCACCUCUCGCUUCAAGGCCCGUGGCAAGGACAUCCUCCACUUCAUGGGCACCUCGACCUUCUCUCAGUACACCGUUGUGGCCGACAUCUCAGUUGUGGCAGUGACCCCCAAGAUCUCCACCGACCGCUCGUGCCUGCUGGGCUGCGGUAUCACCACCGGCUACGGAGCUGCCGUAGUCACGGCCGGUGUAGAGGAGGGCUCCAACGUGGCCGUGUUCGGCGCGGGUUGCGUUGGACUGUCGGUGAUGCAGGGUGCAGUGAAGAACAAGGCUGGCAAGAUCAUUGCUGUCGACGUCAACGACGGCAAGGAGGCGUGGGCUCGCAAGUUCGGUGCCACUGACUUUGUCAACCCCACCAAGCUCUCUGGCCAGAGCAUCCAGGAACGCCUGAUCGAGAUGACCGACGGUGGCUGCGACUACACCUUCGACUGCACCGGCAACGUCGGUGUCAUGCGUGCGGCCCUCGAGGCCUGCCACAAGGGCUGGGGUGAGAGUAUCGUCAUUGGUGUCGCAGCCGCAGGCCAGGAAAUCUCCACUCGACCAUUCCAACUGGUGACGGGUCGUGUGUGGAAGGGAUGUGCGUUCGGUGGCAUCAAGGGCCGCUCGCAACUGCCGGGCCUGGUGGACGACUACCUGAAUGGCGAGCUCAAGGUGGAUGAGUUCAUCACCCACCGCCAGCCGCUGGAUGCAAUCAACAGCGCCUUCGAGCAGAUGAAGCAGGGCGACUGCGUGCGCUGCGUUGUGGAUAUGAAAUAG